GUUUUUGACCCAAAACAAAGUUGGAUUUUAUUGUUUCCAUUGCAUUGGAUCUAUGCAGGGCCACAAAGUACCCCAGGAAAAUUCUUCUUGUCUCGCAAUUGGUAAUGGCAUCAAGAAUCUCGCAUCAAAACCAUUACUGAAGCCUGGAGGAUGCAUCUACAAGCCGUCCACUGCCACUCGGCUCUUCGACCAUGAUGAGAAAGAGAAGACGAAGAAGAAAAUAAGAUCCAGCAUCCACGGGCGAUGUUGCGAGAACUCUGCGGUCGUGAGCCAUCACGGGCCCGUACCUUCGUCGGCCCUGCUGGUGAAAUUCUCCUCAACACCGCCUUCAGCGUUGCCAUUCUUCAUUUCAGUUGAUCAAGUUGUCAAAUCCGAAUCUCCAGGAGUUGAUGACAGGAUGGGAACCCGAAAUGGAUACGACGGAGAUUCAGUUAGAUUGAAUCACAAGAGAGUGCACUCUGAGGAUGGGAAAUGGAAUUAGGAUGAUUGCGAGUCUUUGAAUUGAUCUGCUUCUCGGAGGGGAACUUUUUGUCCAUCGCUCUCUUCACCUAUUCUUAUUCGAUUCGCUGGCUUCCCUCGCAUCUCUGGAUUGUAGGGAAAAGGGUGUAAUGCAACCAAUGUGCGCAUUCUUUUGGGACUGACCUCUUAACUGUUUGUGUUUAUGCCUGAGGCGUCCAAACCGAAAAUAAAUUUGUUUGCAGACAUUCUGACGGUGAGGACCAUACUGUUUGACCUCUCCAUUUGCUCCGAUUCUUUUGGGCAAUUAAAAAUUAUUGAUACCGAUGAAUCUGAAAUGGAUUCUUUUUUGGUUCCUUGAAAA